AUGGGUUGCUUGAUAGCGAUACACGAUCAUUUAUCAAUGGGUUAUGGUUCAAAAAAAACGGAACCAGCUGCUUUGGUUCUACUAGUGGUAGCUGCAAGCGUGUCAGCGAUAAGGGUAGAUUGGAACACUAACACUGGACCAAUAGUUCCCCCCACCAGCACGCCAGCCCCUGUUCCACAACCACCGUUCCGUGAUCCAGCUCCAGUGUGGGAAGAUCAAUCCGAUGACAUCCCGAAUCCUAACCCUUACAGGUACAUUCUGCCACCUCCAUCGCGUCCCAAGUACAAUGACAUCACACUGGAGCAGCGCAAACAAUCGCAACAGCAACAUCACCAGCAACCCCAAAACGGUGCUCAGCCCACCCCGCUAGCGAAUCCUACGCAGGCCUCCACGACUGCCGCUCCGACAGGACAGAUAAUUGAUAAACCACAGCCCAACCAGCAACCGGCUUCCGGAGUUAAUGGCGUACCCCCGGCACAGCAUUCGACAGCGCACAGUCAGCCAGCUCAGCAGCAACAGCACAUCGUGCCCAGUCUUGCCGUGCAGUACGUGCCAAACAAAGGUCUCAAGUACUAUGCCGUCGUACCGAGACACGCGGAAGUGUCGUACGGAUCGGCCAAGCAGGCCCUACUAGCCACCAACGAUCUCUACCACCAGCAGCAAGCCCAGAGCAAGCACGAUAAGUACGAUAAGCUCAACGGAAAGUACAAUCCCAAGCUGAAGAAGUACAAGGCCUACGAGAAGGUUAAAUACAUGCCGUACAUUGUGUACUACGAUGCUACCAAGCAACAGUUUUACUACACUAGUGUUCCUUCAAAUAUGGUCAUAAAUAAUAGUUUGUAAUGUACAGAGCAGGAAGGCAAUCGUUGGAAAAGUAAAUGCAUACAGAAAGAAAAACAACAGCAUUGUUAGAAAAAUGAUCCCGUACCAUGCCAAUCCCAUACAAUCCUUUCUGUUGUGAGAUUUAAACAAAAAAAAAAUCCCCAAAGCAACUGGACUGGAAGAGACAGCUCAUGUUGCGUAUUUUUUUGUCAUGUUACCAAAAUUUGACCUACCAUAUUCGCUAAACGUACGUGCAUGAUGAUUGACGGUUCGCUUUAACCGAUGAAAAUAUCUAAGCAUAGGGCACGAUAGUAAGACACAGCAUGCCAUGGCAAACAUUUUCAUUAUAUCAGACAGAAAAAAAGUCAUUUAGCUCAACACAAUCCACAGAUGCACAAAAAGAAGCACGCAUUUCAUAUAUUUAGAUUAAGCAGUAAGAACAGGUAAGGCAAAACUGAUGAAAGCAUUUGAAGAAUUUCUAAUAUAAAAAGGUACAUAAGAGAAACACACAGUUAUAAGCGCAUUGAAGGAUGGAAAAUAAAAGAACGAAAC